ACGCGCUUAACAUUAAACGGUUUCAAGUUCUUCCAUGUUUUAAAGCUUUUAUUUGUUAGUAGCAUUUCAUUAUAGUCUAGUAAACUGAAUUGGUUCUGUCUUUAUCUUAUCGUAUGAAAAAUGAUAAUUUCCAAUAUUAAAAACAAAGGUAUUAAUUACAAAGUCAGCUUCCUUAUGUCUUAAAACUUUAAUUACCUAAAGUAACAUUCUAUAGUUGAGAUGGGCUGUAAAGGUUCUAGUAAAUGCAUAUCAAAAGUACCCUUUCCUUCUAUUAUCGCCACAGUGAUGUGUCUUUCAGGGUCAGGAAUUUUUUUAGGCUCUGCAUAUAAAGGAAUCACUUUAACUAUUCAGAUGUACGAAGUCGUUUUCCAAGUCAAAGUUCAAGGUUUCACAGAUCUUCGAGUGGUAUUUGUAGUUCUUUCACUGCUAUCAGCCAUUUUGGGCACCAUUAUGAUGGUCGUUGGUUUUCUAGCUACAGGAUCAACAAGGAACAUACUCUAUUUUGGCUGGAAGGCUCGAAUGGGAGGCCGUGUCUCUUGUGGUUUGUUUCUGGUGACAGCCUACCUUGUGCAGAUAGGAUGGAUUACCAUUCUGACAUGUGUGAUUGUCAUUCUGUUUGUUUUUCAAAUAAGCCGGGGACUGUGUAAUAAUUUAAGUGCUCCAGAUUCUAAGAAAGAAUGCAUAGAUUUAUCUCAGUUCGGUAUGAUGGAUGGCCUUUGGAACGAGUUGCUUUCGGAUUUUGUGGAGGCAAUAAUUUUAAAUUUCAUGUUUCCAAACGGAAUCAAAUAUGAAAAUCUAAUAAUAUGCUCAGAUGGAAAGGUCAAAGAGUUCUGUAAUGAUUACGUGGAAGAGGGAGUAGGAAUGUAUGUCAUGGCAAGUGUAGCCAGCGUAGUGAUUAUCUUAAGUUUGGUACACUAUGGCAUCUGUCUUGCAGCCAACUACAUUAAACUAAACGACAUGGAAAAGAUUCGUGAUUUAACACAUCUGAACUAUAAUGAAGAAGGAAACUAAUAGAAAACCAUCGGAACGUUUUCUUUCGUUGAAGCAAGAAACUCCGGCCAUAAAAAACAAAUAACUAAAGCUCCCCAACUCCCUAUGUUUCUUGAAUAAAUUACGUCUCAUGGUUGAGAAUAGAUGAGAAACAAACAAAUUAAUGGAAAUGAAUUAAUUUUUUCUUAGUGUUAAAAAUUUUGAGGAAUUCGAUUUUUGGUUGUUCUUGAAAUAAAUGUAUUUGAUCUUCCCAUGACCUGUCUUGUAUGUGACGUAAUCGACAUUUUUCUGAAAGGUUGUUAUUGUGUGCACACAUGCAAUAAAGACUAUA